AUGGGUGGCGGCAAUACAGGCGAAGUGGUGCUCGUAACCGGCGGCAGUGGAUUUCUGGGUCAGCACCUCAUCAAGCAGCUGCUGGAGCGGAAGGAGGAGCUGGGCAUCCGCGAGAUCCGUUCGCUGGACAUCGUACCGUACAAGAACAACAUCGGGCAUGCGGACACACCCCUGCUGCGCACCUUUGUGGGUGACAUCGGCGGUGACCCCGAAACCCUAGGGCCGAUCUUCGCGGGCGUUGACGGGGUUUUCCACUGUGCCGCCUCGGUGAAAAUCGAGUAUCCGCCCAACUACGAUGAACUGGAGCGCGUGAAUGUGAACGGAACCCUGGCCGUGGUGGAUCUGUGCAUCCAAAACAAUGUGAAGCGUCUGGUCUACACCAGCUGCACCUCCGUGUGCUUUGUGCCCUUCAAAGGUCGUAGCACCUUCUCGGCAGUGAUUAACUCCACGGAAUCCAAGACGGACACGCCCACACUGGACAGUUCCACUCUGUGGGAGCAGGACAAUCAGUUCCUGAUAGCUGGGUACGCCUCCAGCAAGCUGAGGGCAGAGAACAUAGUGUUGAACUCGAAUGGAGCACCUUUGCAGAACCAAACGGAGUAUUUGGCCACCAGCGCCAUUCGUGCACCGCUGACCUACGGCGAGUGCGAUUCCCAUUUCAUCACAAAGAUCUUCGACUACCUGUCGACCCGGAGCUGGGUUUUUCCACGAAUUGCAGGCGUAGGAGGCAAGCAACAGUUAGUUUACGCCGGAAAUGUGGCCCAUGGACACAUCUGCGCUUACCAGGCUUUAAAGAUAUCCAACAAGGCGGUCAAUGGACUCCCAGUCUUUGUCACCGACGACACGGGCAUCAAUGAUGUCUCACGGUUUGUCCAGAAGAUGGCCGUGCUUGGGGAACGGUUCAAGGUGAAGACCAGCUGGUGGUACAUUCCACACUUCCUGUUCUUCUUCCUGGCCUUCCUGCUGGAGGUGGUGGUGCGUAUUGCAUAUCCCUAUACCAAGUACCGUCUGCCCUACUCUCUGCGCGCCAUCGCCUCCUACACGUCAUCGAUGCUGAUGUACAAUCGCCUGCGCGCCUCCAUCCACAUGGACUACAUGCCGCUCUUCGAUCCGGACACGAGUGCCGAGCGGAGUGCCAAAUGGUAUGCCAGGUGGUGGGAUGAGCACAAGGAGGCCAGGAAGCUGAAGAAGUCCAGCUGAGCUGA